AUGGAGAACAAGCCUUCGAUCACGGUCGAGGAGGGCAGCCUCGCCUCCCUUCCCGCCUCGCCUUCUCGUUCCCUCAUCGGCAAGGUAAAACGAGGAGUUCGAGCGCUCGGCACCAAGAAAGCAUGGUUUGGGGACCACAAUUACGUCGCCCUGUUCACGCCAACGAUUCCUUUCGUCUGCAAGCCCUCAGCAAACAGCCUGCCCUUCUACUCGGUCGACGCAAAGCUGCCAAUCUUCCUUGCUAUCGUUUUGGGGCUACAGCAUUCAUUGGCCAUGGUUGGUGGUGUGGUGACUCCUCCUCUCCUCAUCGGCGGUAGUGCAGGCGCCAACCUGGGACAGAGCGACACGCAGUUCCUCAUCGCUUCCACCCUGAUCUGGUGUGCGUUCGGCACAGCUCUGCAAGUCUCUCGCAGCCGUCUCUUCAAGACAAAGUACUACCUCGGCACCGGUAUUGUCAGCGUCACCGGCGCUAGUUUCGCAACCAUCUCGAUCGCACUUUCCUUCUUCAGCCAGAGCUAUGCCAAUGGCUACUGCCCCGUGGGCGCCAACGGAGUCAAGCUGCCUUGUCCACAGGGCAUUGGUGCGUUCUUGGGCACGUGCUGCUUGUGUGGUAUCAUUGCCAUCUUUAUGGCGUUCAUCCCUCCCAAGGCUAUCCGCAAGCUCUUCCCUCCCCUCAUCGUUGGUAUGAUGUUGACCCUCAUCGGUGCCUCGCUCGUCAAGUCGGGCAUCACGAACUGGGCCGGCGGCUCUGGUCCUUGCGCCACCAACCAUGCUAUCAAGUGCACCAUCGGCAGCCGAACUCAGUACUGGGGCUCAGCCCCUCUCAUCGGACUCGGCUUCGUCUCGUUCGCCACCAUCAUCCUGUGCGAGAUCUUCGGCAGUCCGUUCCUCAAGUCCGCAUCGGUCUUUGUCGGUCUCGUGGUGGGCAUGAUCGUCGCAGCAGCCACUGGCUACUUUAACUCUGCCACCAUCGCCAAAGCUCCUACGGGUUCGUUCCUGUGGACCAAGACCUACCCGCUGAGCAUCAAGCCGGAGCUGAUCCUGCCGCUGCUCGCAGCGUACAUCGUCAUUGUCGCCGAGACGGUGGGUAACGUGACUGCUUCGUGCGAUGCGUCCCGCCUGCCGAUGGACGGUACCGAGUUCGAGUCGCGCAUUCAGGGCGGUAUGCUGGCCGACUCGAUCUCUGCCACGCUCGCUGGUCUCGCCAUGGUUCCGCCUCUCACUACGUUCUCGCAGAACUCCGGUGUCAUCUCGCUCACGCGCAACGCGUCUCGUACCGCAGGUUUCGUAUGCGCUGCAAUCCUCUUCCUCAUGGGCGUCAUCGGCAAGUUCUCGUCGCUCUUUGUCGCCAUGCCAUCGAGCGUCCUCGGCGGAUUCACCACCUUCCUGUUUGGCUCGGUCGCCGUAGCAGGUAUCCGCAUCAUGGCGUACGCCAAAUGGGAUCGACGAGCACGCUUCAUUGCUACCGCGGGCAUGAGUCUCGGACUGGCCAGCUUGACCGUGCCCAGCUGGUUCUCGUACUUUUUCACGUACAAGGGGUCGAACGCCGGCCUCAAGGGCUUGAUUCAGGCGAUCGUGUUGAUCGUCGAGGAGCCGUACUUGAUCUCCAGUGUGCUUGCCAUCCUGCUCAACGCUGUGCUGCCAGCAGAGAUGGAGGACGAGGUGCCAGCGGCGGUGGACGACGACGUCUCGUCGAAUGCUGGCACUGACUCGAAGGUCGACCCAGUCUCGGACGGGGCCACUUCUCAGCUGCCGGAUCUCGAGAGCGGCGAAGAGGCACAGAAGAGGUGGAACCAGCCUGGAACGUUCUUUGGAAGCAAGUGA